AUAUAAAAAAAAUUUAUCUAAAUCUGUCCACAUGUAUCUCCGAGGUGCCUGUGUACCGUGCGUGUGCUACCUUUUAGAGAGCACUAUGAGCUAGGUUUUCCAAAUUAUUUUAUCUAGGCAAAGACAGAUGAGCCAGUUUGCCCAGGGCAAAUAACAGAGCAGAGCUCACUUUCCAACCGGCGGCUCCCUGCCUUAUAAGGCCCUUAAGUGGAUCACUAUGGUUCACUCAACCGCGAGCAGAGGGGAGUGGUCCCCAAUCACCCCCCGCCCCUCUGCAGCUCAUCUGUUCCUGCCCCUGCCUGCGCAGACUGUUCGCCCCACCGCCCAGAAGGGAGCCCAGCGCGGUCAGACGGUCGGCGACAACCCGAGGCCCGGACACCGGAGAGCGAAGCGGAGGUCCAUCCUCAUCGCCUCGCCAGGCCGCCUACCGCUCUCGCACAGGCGGGAAACCCGGCACCGGGCGGGGAUGACGGGGAUGGGCCGCAGAGCCGGGGCUGACAGCAUCUGGGCCUGCGGAGGCCUGCCGGGGGCCUGCCGCGCGUCCGCCUAGAUGCCAGCAGCGUCGCCGGCCAUUGAAGCACCUGGGGGCCUUCCGGGGCAGUCAGCAGAUGCUCACUGGUUGACAGCAGAGGAGAGGAACCGAGUUAUACUUGACCUUAAAGCAGCAGGAUGGUCAGAAUUAAGUGAGAGAGAUGCCAUCUACAAAGAGUUCUCUUUCAAAAAUUUUAAUCAGGCUUUUGGCUUUAUGUCCCGAGUUGCCCUACAAGCAGAGAAGAUGAAUCAUCACCCGGAGUGGUUCAAUGUGUACAACAAGGUUCAGAUAACUCUCACAUCGCAUGACUGCGGAGGACUGACCAAAAGAGAUGUGAAACUGGCGAAGUUUAUUGAAAAAGCAGCUGCUUCUGUGUGAUUUCUUCCAAAACGCAUGUAAAAUCUUAUAUACACAUCUAGCUCCAAUGUAUUUUGAAGGCAAUUUAUCAACACAUGAACAAAUUAAGCUGUAAAUUUAGUUCACCUUUUGAACAUUUUGUAAAAUCAGUGCUUAAAUAAAAAUGAUUUAAACUUGA